AUGGGGGCAUUGGCUUUUCGAUUUCCAGUUCUCCAAUGCGGCGGAGGCGGUGGCGGUGGAGGUGGUGGGUUUCCAUCAUUUCUUCCCAAGGAAAUUCACAAUAUCAGAGACCCUUCAGCAAGAACAUUGGCUCAGAGAAUCCGAAGAGUUCCUGUGCAGAUUGGAUUUUCUGAAAAUUGCAUAAUGAGUAGCUGCGUGACACCAACCAUGUAUCGUGAUUCCAAUCCUGUGGUUCUUCUCCACUGUUUUGACAGUUCUUGUUUGGAAUGGAGAAGUGCAUAUCCAUUGCUUGAAAAAGCUGGUUUAGAGGCUUGGGCUAUAGAUAUUCUUGGAUGGGGUUUCUCUGACUUAGAAAGACGUCCGCCGUGUAAUGUAGCAUCUAAAAGAAACCAUCUUUAUCAGCUAUGGAAAUCACAUAUCAAAAGACCAAUGACAUUAGUUGGACCAAGCCUUGGUGCAGCAGUUGCAAUUGACUUUGCUGUCAAUUUCCCCGAAGCUGUUGAUAGUUUGGUCUUGAUUAAUGCAAGCGUCUAUGCAAAAGGCACAGGAUACAUGACAAAAUUACCGAAAGCGAUGGCAUACGCAAUGGUCUCUCUCUUGAAGAGCAUUCCUAUACGGUUCUAUGCAAAGCGGCUAGUUUUUGAGGGUCUUCCUUUAUCUAGGACCAUAGAUUGGAUGAAUGUUGGCCGCCUUCACUGUCUCUUACCUUGGUGGGAAGAUGCUACAGUCGAUUUUAUGCUCAGUGGGGGCUAUAAUGUUUCUGGGCAAAUAAAACAGGUGAAGCAGAAGACACUUAUUGUCUGCAGUGAGGAUGACAAAAUUAUCAGCAGUGAAUUCUCAGAGAGACUGCAGAGUGAACUUCCGAAUGCAGUUAUACAGAAAGUAUCAGAGUGUGGUCACAUGCCUCAUGUCGAGAAGCCAGACGCUAUUGCUCGGUUGAUUGUUGAUUUUGCUGACAGCGAAGGUUGUAACAAGAAGCCAGUUUCUUACUUAAACGACGACUUAUCUGCUAACAACUUGCGUCUAGGGGCAAAACGGUCCUUCAAUGGGAGUUGUCUUCUAAUCAGGAGGAUGAGUGCAAUUUUAUUGGCAGAUGCAGUUCUGAGGACUCUUCCUUGCCAGCCAAAUGGUUUCUCAGGGAUGCAAAACUGCCACAAUUUGUUUUUUGAUCUUAAGUGGCAUCAUUCUUUGAUUCAUAAAAGAUUUUCCAAGAAAAAGAGAAAAUCCUUGUACGUGAGUGCUUGGCCCGAUAGAUCAAGACUUGUUGUCUUUUCAAGUAUGGGAGGUGAUUCUAGUGAAGAUUUCUCAAAUCUUUUUGAUGACGAUGAUGGUCCAUCAGGGAAAAGUAAAGUAUUGGAGAUUGGUGAAAAUGAACUUUUGGCUACUCGAGAAGCUCUUUCUGAGGCACACGCAAGAGAAGAAGCUAUUGAGAAAGAGAGGGAUAAGUUACUUGAAGAGUUGGCUCGAGCAGAAGCUAAACAACAGGAAUACAUGGCCACUAUCAUGCAUGAUAAGGAACUGGCUGUUACAGAACUUGAGGCGGCUAAAGCUCUAUUCCAUCAGAAGCUUCAGGAAUCUGUAGAGGAGAAGUUCAAUUUGGAAUCUAAGUUGGUCCUUGCAAAACAAGAUGCUGUUGAACUUGCAAUUCAGGUUGAAAAGUUGGCAGAGAUUGCUUUUCAGCAGGCCACAUCUCACAUAUUAGAAGAUGCCCAAAUGCGAGUUUCUGCUGCUGAAACUUCUGCUGCAGAGGCUGCUUAUCGGAUUGAGGAACAAAUACGGAGUGCAACUGAAGGGACUAUAGUUUCUAUUGUGAAGCAGUCUAAAGAUGCAAUAGAUAAGGCUUUGGCUGCUGCUCAAGCAGCGGGUGACCAUACAGAAAAAGCCAUGGCGGCAUUCACCGUUGAUUUAAAUCCGCUUGAAGAGAUUGUCUCUAUCAAGUCUCAGAACGUUAAGUUACAGAAUGCAGUAACUGAUUUUGAAUCUCAAUUAUUAGGUUCCAAAAAUGAGAUUGGUAGAUUGAAGUUAGAGUUGGAACAAACCCUGCUGCGAGCACAAGCAUAUGAACUCCAGGCACGUAACUCUGAGAAAGAACUGCUUGAUUUUCAGGAAUCAACUAGGAAAGUGUUCCUCCAACAGGAAGAGGAAGUUAGAAUAUUGUUGGAGAAAAUGAAAAAGGAUUCUACAGAUAAAAGGAAGGCUGCUUCAAAGGCUUUUAAGGUUGAGUUGGAGACUAUUAAGGCGGCUCUUGAAGCUGCUAAAGGAGCAGCUUGGUCUAAAGAUGAGGCUUACAUGAGAAGAUGUGAAGCUCUGCAGAGAUCUUUGAAAGCAGCUGAAGCUACUUCAAAGACAUGGAGGCAAAGAGCGGAAAUGGCAGAAUCACUGUUGUUGAAGCAGGUCCCACUUAGUGAACAGGAUGAGGAUGCAAUUUAUGUUGUUAAUGGUGGCCGAAUAGACCUCUUGAUGGAUGAUGAUUCACAAAAAUGGAAAUUACUGAGUGAUGGUCCUCGCAGGGAGAUCCCUGACUGGAUGGCACGUCAGAUUCGUUCCAUUCAUCCCAAGUUUCCACCUAGAAAGACUGGCUUGCCUGAAGCAAGGUUCUCAAAAUUCAAAACUUUGGAGUUGCCCAAACCAGAUGAAGUGUGGUCCAUCGCCCGGGUAAAGACAAAGGAAGACGACACACUUGUUGAGCACGUGAUGGAGAAAGAAAUUAUUGAAAAGAAACGCAAGGCUUUGGAGCGUGCUCUUCAAAGGAAGACAAUCAAAUGGCAAAGAACUCCAGAAGAAACAAAAUUAGAGCCAGGAACUGGUACUGGACGUGAAAUAGUGUUUCAAGGUUUCAAUUGGGAGAGCUGGAGAAGACAGUGGUACCUUGAGCUUGCUCCUAAGGCCGCUGACUUGUCACGCUGUGGCAUUACAGCUGUGUGGUUUCCCCCACCCACAGAAUCUGUUGCACCUCAAGGUUAUAUGCCUUCCGACCUUUACAACCUGAACUCGGCCUACGGUUCUCAGGAAGAGUUGAAGUCCUGUAUAGAGGAAAUGCAUAAUCAAGAUCUUCUGGCCUUGGGAGAUGUUGUAUUGAAUCAUAGAUGUGCUCAUAAGCAGAGUCCAAAUGGUGUCUGGAACAUAUUUGGAGGCAGGCUUGCCUGGGGGCCUGAAGCAAUUGUUUGUGAUGAUCCAAAUUUCCAAGGGCGUGGAAAUCCUUCCAGUGGUGAUAUUUUUCAUGCGGCACCAAACAUUGAUCAUUCACAGGACUUCGUUCGUAGAGAUAUAAAGGAAUGGCUGAACUCGCUCAGAAAUGAUAUUGGUUUUGAUGGGUGGCGCCUUGAUUUUGUGAGAGGCUUCUCUGGUGGAUACGUGAAAGAAUAUGUAGAAGCUUCUAAUCCUUCUUUUGCAAUUGGAGAAUACUGGGAUAGUCUAGCUUAUGAAGGUGGUAAUUUGAGUUACAAUCAAGAUUCUCAUCGGCAACGCAUAGUUGACUGGAUAAACGCAACAGGUGGCACCUCUUCUGCAUUUGAUGUCACAACAAAGGGUAUUCUCCAUUCUGCACUGCAUAAUCAAUAUUGGAGAUUAAUAGAUCCUCAAGGGAAACCAACAGGAGUUAUGGGAUGGUGGCCCUCUCGUGCUGUCACAUUCUUAGAGAAUCAUGAUACUGGAUCUACACAGGGUCAUUGGCCAUUUCCAAGAGAGAAGCUUACACAAGGAUAUGCUUACAUUUUAACACAUCCCGGAACCCCUGUGGUAUUUUAUGAUCAUUUUUACGAUUUCGGCAUCCGUGAUUCCAUAACUGAGUUGAUCGAAGCUCGGAGACGUGCUGGAAUCCACUGCCGCAGCCCCAUAAAAAUAUACCAUGCUCAUAAUGAUGGUUAUGUUGCGAAAAUUGGUGAUACACUUGUAGUGAAGCUUGGACAUUUUGAUUGGAAUCCUUCCAAGGAAGUUGAUUUGGAUGGAACCUGGCAGAAGUUUGUGGACAAAGGAAUAGACUAUCAAUUAUGGUUGAGACAUCUAGGAAGGAUUUUUUUCUUUCCUGGAGUGAGUAUUUAUAUGGAUAAGUUUGCUGCUGAGGAAUUAAGCUGCUAA